CAUGCCUACCUUCCCUACAACAUCUAGUGUACUUGUGUAGGUAAUUUGUUGUUGUGAAGCCAUCGUGAUGAAGUGUACUGCAGUGUGCCUUGUGGUACUGGCCUUGCAUGUCAGCUUAUGUGAUGCUCAAUGGGUCCCUGGUGUACAGCCAAAUAUUCCUAAAUGGACUCUGCCUAGCAAAAAUCCUCAAGUUCCUCAAACUCCACAGCAGACAAAGCAGACAUUUGACAAACCACUCAACUGGAAAUACCCUGUGCCACCGCAGCCUGAAGUCCUGCCACUGGUGCCUUUCGAGCAGAGAAGUCCUGUUCCUGCCGCAACUGUUGCCGUUCAAUGCAAAGAGAAGAUUGCUCGUGUGGAAGUCAAGAGGGACAUGUUCGGGAUUGGCCAGCUUAUCAAUCCUGCCGACCUUUUCCUGGGAAACUGUGCUCCUGUUGCACAGGACCCUGUUGCUAAAGUGUUGAUUUUUGAAGUGGCACUGCAAGAUUGUCAAAGUACAUUAACGAUGAAAGAGAAUUCCCUCAUCUACAGCUUCACUCUGAACUAUGUUCCCAAUCCUCUGGGCACUGCUCCUGUGGUGAGGACUACCCAAGCUGCUGUAAUUGUGGAGUGCCACUACCCAAGGAAGCACAAUGUGAGCAGCCUUCCUCUCGACCCCCUGUGGAUCCCAUUCUCUGCAGUUAAGGUGGCAGAUGAAUUCUUAUACUUCACACUGAAACUUAUGAUGGAUGACUGGCAAAAUGAGAGGCCAAGCUAUCAGUAUUUCCUGGGAGACACUAUAAAUAUUCAGGCUACAGUUAAGCAGUUCUUCCAUGUGCCACUCAGAGUUUAUGUGGAUACCUGCGUAGCUACUCUGUCAGCUGACGCGACCUCUACCCCUAGUUAUGCCUUUAUUGAAAACUUUGGGUGUUUAGUCGAUGCUAGGAUCACAGGCUCUGUCUCUAAGUACAUGCCUCGCAGUGCAGACAACAAGCUUCAGUUCCAGUUAGAAGCCUUCAGAUUCCAGGGUGCUGCCAGUGGAAUGCUCUACAUUACCUGCCACUUGAAAGCAACAUCUGCUAAAGCUAGCAUUGAUAGUACACAUAGAGCUUGUUCCUACAUUAAUGGUUGGAAGGAAGCCAGCGGAGCUGAUUCUGCUUGUGGCUCCUGUGAAUCUAGAUCAUUUGGAACACCUGGCAAUGUACCUAGUUUAGUUUUACCAGCUUCCCCUCCAAUUGGUGGCGGCUCACCUGGAGCUGGCGGCAGUGGCGGCUCAACUGGAGCUGGCGGCAGUGGCGGCUCACCUGGAGCUGGCGGCACUAAGGAGUUCCCUAAAAGAUGGAGACGGGAUGUUUCCGAAAGCGAAGUUUUCGAAUGGGAAGGUGAUGUCACCCUGGGUCCAAUCCCCAUUGGAGAAAAGGUGGUCACUUAACUUAAGUCCCUGCCAUGAAGUCCAUACCAUUGGAAUGAACAGUCUCCUUAGUUCAUACCUGUCUGUAUGUUAUUCAAUUGCUUCUUGAUAAUACUUCAGUUUAAACAAAGUAACCCUAUUUACUAAUGAUCAACAUUUGACAUAGGCCAU